AUGCCCGGACACAGUCUGGCGCUGCCUCUGCUGCUUCUACUGGGGCUGCACUUGGGGGCCUCACAGGACCUGCCCCCACCCUGCGACAGUGAGAUUUACUGCUAUGGGCCGCUCCUGCAUGCAGUCCAGAUGGCCAAGUUCUACCCCGAUGACAAGCAGUUCGUGGACAUGCCCAUGACCCUACCUCCAGGCCAAGUCCUGCAGAAGUUCAACAACCUGUCCACGGCCCACAAUUCCAGCAUCCCCCGGGAGCAGCUGCAGAACUUUGUCAAGACCUACUUCAAGGCCAAGGGUCAGGAGUUGGAGGUCUGGACCCCUGAGGACUGGAAAGAAAGCCCCAAGAUCCUGCAGAGAAUCUCGGACCCCAAGCUGCGCACCUGGGCUGAGAAGCUGAACCAGCUGUGGAAGAAGCUGGGGAGGAAGGUAAAGGCAGAAGUUCUCAAGGAGCCAGAAAGAUUCUCUCUGAUCCCGUCCAGGCACCCCUUCAUCGUCCCUGGUGGGCGCUUUCUCGAGUUCUACUACUGGGACUCCUACUGGACCAUGGAGGGCCUGCUCGUGUCGGAGAUGACGCAGACGUUCAAGGGCAUGCUGCAGAACUUUCUGGACCAGGUGACAACCCUGGGCCACAUCCCCAAUGGAGCCCGGGUAUACUACAAGCAACGCAGCCAGCCCCCGCUGCUGACCCUCAUGAUGGACAGCUACUUCAAGCACACCAGGGACGAAACCUUCCUACGGGACAACAUUGAUACCCUCGCCUCGGAACUGGACUUCUGGGCUACGAACAGGAGCAUCUCCGUGAGCGCAGGCGGCAAGAACUACAUCCUCAGCCGCUACUACGUUCCCUAUGGGGGGCCCAGACCAGAGUCCUACAGCAAAGAUUUCGAGUUGGCGAGCACCAAGCCAGAAGGGGAACGUGAAAAUCUCUACACCGAACUAAAGGCCGGCGCCGAGUCCGGCUGGGACUUCUCUUCCCGCUGGUUCGUCGGAAAGUUGUCAAAGCCCAACUCGCUGAGCGGCAUCCGGACCAGCCGGCUGGUGCCUGUGGACCUCAACGCCAUCCUGUGCCAGGCAGAGGCGCUGAUGAGCCAGUUCUAUGCCACCCUGGGGAACAAGACGCAGGCCCAGAAGUACCAGGACCAGCGGGCACAGCGCAUGGAGGCCAUGCAGGCCCUCAUGUGGGACCAGCAGAGAGGCGCCUGGUUCGACUAUGACCUGGACGAGAAACAGAAGAACCCAGAGUUCUACCCCUCCAACCUGGCGCCGCUCUGGGCUGGCUGCUUCCAAGACUCAAAGGUCGUGGACCAGGUUCUGAAAUACCUGGAGGACAACAAGAUCCUGAACUACAAGCACGGGAUUCCUGCCUCUCUCAAAGACUCGGGCGAGCAGUGGGAUUUGCCCAAUGCCUGGGCCCCCUUGCAGGACAUGGUCAUCAGAGGUCUGGCCAAUUCGAAUUCAAAGCGGGCCAAGGAAGUGGCUUUCCAGCUGGCCCAGAACUGGAUCAAAACCAACUAUGAUGUCUUCUCCAGGACGUCGGCCAUGUAUGAGAAGUAUAACAUCACCAACGGUGGGCAGCCGGGAGGUGGAGGAGAGUAUGAAGUUCAGGAGGGCUUCGGCUGGACCAACGGCAUGGCCUUCAUGCUCCUGGACCGGUACGGUCAGCAGCUGACGUCCGGUUCCCAGACAGUGCUCGUGCAGCCGCUCUGCCUGGUGGCUGGCCUGCUGUCCACCCUCCUGCUCAGCUUCCUGUCCCAGUGACGGCCUCGCCACCACGCGGCCUAUUAAAC